CAGGUUCGAAAAAAAUGUGCCUUCGUCCCUUUCACAGGGACCUUGAAUGGCACCUGAUUUGUUGGUGGUGUUGAAGAGCAAGGAGGCCGGGUCUGGAUGAGUCAGCCGCCCCCAGGAAGCCCAGCCAGAGGAUUCUGACCCCGGGGCAGUCCCAAAUCUUCCAGAGCCUAAGGAGCUUUGAACAUGACUCCUGAGACAAGAACCAAACCGGAUUCUGAGGGCUCCAGGAACAAUCUCCCACUGAGGUGGGCCCACCAAAAAGAUAUGUCGACAUCCGGGAACCUGUGAAUGUGACUUUAUUUGGAAGAAGGGCCUUUGCAAGAGGUAGUUAAGGAUCUUGAGAUUAUCCUGAAUUAACUGGGUCCCCAAAUCCAAUGACAAAUUCUGUAUAAAGAAAAGAGAAGAUGUAGACACAGAGGAGAAGGCCAUGUGAAGGCAGAGGCAGAGAUUGGAGAUGCAGCCAUAAACCAAGGAACACGAGGAGCCACCGGAAACUGGAAGAGGCAAGGAAGGAUUCUCCCCUAGAGCCUUUGGAGGAGAGGCAUGCUGAAGGACGUGGGGUGAAAUAUGAUGUCUGAAACUUACUUUCGAAGGAAAGGUGGCAAAAUAUUGACAACUGUAUGAGGUAGAAGGUACAAUUAUCCACGUUUUCCUGGGGGUCAUAGAAGAACCCUGGAACAAGCCUAAAUUCGUACAACACAGAAUGUUGGAGUCAGACGGACAGCUGUGACCCUCUCCUACCUUUCUUCUGGCCUCAAGAUCUCCCAGGCCCGGCUCUUUCUGGGGCCUGAGGUGGACCUGCCCGUGCUGGAAAGCCCUGGAGUCCCGGCAGCAGCAGCAGCCCCAUGGCUCCUGGCAAACCCAGCAGGCCUCAGCACCCCGGCUCCUGCAGACCAUCUGAGCUGCCUCUGUCCUCUCCGGGGCAGCCUGUGCCUCAGUUCUGGAAGCCGCAGACAUGCAAAGGCCAGACAUCAGCCUUCCCGAUAACUGGGGCGGGGGAGGGCAGGAAGGGACGUGUGACUGUGAGUGUGAUGUGUGUGCACAUAGGUAAUGGGGUGCUAUGACGCACAUGCAUCCGUUUGUGUGCACAGGCUUGUGGAUCUGCUUUGGGGCCUUCUCUCUCUUCUUUUCAGUCCCUGGACCAGUCGCGAUGGGCACUUUCUCUUUCUGCAUCUCUUCCCCAUCCAGCCCCACCCCUCCCUGGGACCUGCAGCUCCUCCAUACUGGUAACUGGUCCCUGCCAGUCCGUUCAUCUCUCAGCCUUGGCAGCGGCUGCAGCCCCUCAGCCCCCUCCCCUUCCCACCUCAGGAAUUGCUGUGCUUCCCGUAAGGCCCAUGACUGAGCAGCAGUUGGUUGGGGGAAGGGAGAGAGAAUCCAGUAAAGCCAGACGGCGUACAACUGGCUCAUUCAGCUCAGCCUCUGGCAGGGCUCAGACCCUCCUGGGAGGGACCCGAGUGGGGUCCAGCCCCCCUCGGCCCCCUCUGCCGUGCCCACCCUGCUGGGGCCUGCUUGGAUCCGGGGUUUGGAAGCUGUGUCUUUAAGGCUGAGACAUCAGCAGGCAACCCCCUGGCCCAGUGUCCAGAGGAGGGGGAGGGGGAAUGGCCAGUCCAUUAGCGGAGGAGCUGGCGCCAGGCAGCAGACCUCCACAGGGCCCUGGGGAUUACGGAGGGACCAGCCUUCCCCCACCCCCCUUGGCUCCCUCUGCCCUCGUGUCCCUCCAUUUCUCCCCGGGUGUGGUAACAGAGGGGUAGCUGAUAGCAGGUAGAAGCUGGGCCCAGCCCUUCAGGGGACAAGUAGAGGCACAGGCCCUGGGGCCUAGGCCAGGCCAACUCUCCAUCCAGCGGGGCCACCUCCUCACCGCUCAGGUGCCGGCAGCCUGCCCUUUAACCUCUGUCCUCCUUUGCCCCUAUUCCUUUUUUUUUUUCUUACUGAGAUACAACUGACCACACAUUCUACACUAAUUGCAGGUGGACAGUGUAAUGAUUCUACAUUUGCGCAUCUCCGACCUCUAACAGCUCUUGCAGGCAGGAACCCGGCUCCGUCAGGCUCUCCCGCCCCACGCUCCAGCUCUAGACGCUGAUGCUGGAAGGUGCCGACCCCCAGCCCGCCUGCCGGUGGCCGGUGGUCGCGGGGCCUGCUUCCUUCCCGCCCGCAGCAGGGGAACGGAGGAGGCCGGGCGCCAGCGCCGGGAGCCAGGGUGCGGCUCUCCCGCGGCUCCGCAGGGGUGGGGCGUCCCCCUGCCCACGGAGACCCGCCGUCAGGCCAGUGGGAGGAGCUGCCCGGGCCCCCCCGAGCCCGCAGGCCUAUAAAGCCGCCUCGCCCCGGGCUGCGGCUCCUUCCCUGCUCCCCACCAGCCUUGCCCGCGGUGACUGCCCGGCCUCGCCGCCAUGAGCCACCCGUCGGGCCUCCGGGCCGGCGUCAGUGCCACCUCCUACCGCCGCACCUUCGGGCCUCCGCCCUCGCUGUCCCCCGGGGCCUUCUCCUACGCGUCCAGCUCCCGCUUCUCGAGCAGCCGCCUGCUGGGCUCGGCGUCCCCCGGCUCCUCCGUGCGCCUGGGCAGCUUCCGCGGGCCCCGGGCCGGCGCGGGCGCCCUCCUGCGCCUGCCCUCGGAGCGCCUCGACUUCUCCAUGGCCGAGGCCCUCAACCAGGAGUUCCUGGCCACGCGCAGCAACGAGAAGCAGGAGCUGCAGGAGCUCAACGACCGCUUCGCCAACUUCAUCGAGAAGGUGCGCUUCCUGGAGCAGCAGAACGCGGCCCUGCGCGGGGAGCUGAGCCAGGCCCGGGGCCAGGAGCCGGCGCGCGCCGACCAGCUGUGCCAGCAGGAGCUGCGGGAGCUGCGCAGGGAGCUGGAGCUGCUGGGCCGCGAGCGCGACCGGGUGCAGGUGGAGCGCGACGGGCUGGCGGAGGACCUGGCGGCGCUCAAGCAGAGGCUGGAGGAGGAGACGCGCAAGCGGGAGGAUGCGGAGCACAACCUCGUGCUCUUCCGCAAGGACGUGGACGACGCCACCCUGUCCCGCCUGGAAUUAGAGCGCAAGAUUGAGUCCCUGAUGGACGAGAUUGAGUUCCUCAAGAAGCUACAUGAGGAGGAGCUGCGGGACCUGCAGGUGAGCGUGGAGAGCCAGCAGGUGCAGCAGGUCGAGGUGGAGGCCACCGUGAAGCCCGAGCUGACCGCCGCGCUGCGGGACAUCCGCGCGCAGUACGAGAGCAUCGCGGCGAAGAACCUGCAGGAGGCCGAGGAGUGGUACAAGUCCAAGUACGCGGACCUGUCCGACGCCGCCAACCGGAACCACGAGGCCCUGCGUCAGGCCAAGCAGGAGAUGAACGAGUCCCGACGCCAGAUUCAGAGUCUGACGUGCGAGGUGGACGGGCUACGCGGCACCAACGAGGCGCUGCUCAGACAGCUGCGGGAGCUGGAGGAGCAGUUUGCCCUGGAGGCCGGCGGGUACCAGGCGGGCGCCGCGAGGCUCGAGGAGGAGCUGCGACAGCUAAAGGAGGAGAUGGCCCGGCACCUGCGCGAGUACCAGGAGCUCCUCAACGUCAAGAUGGCCCUGGACAUCGAGAUCGCCACCUACCGCAAGCUGCUGGAGGGCGAGGAGAGCAGGAUCUCUGUGCCCGUCCACUCCUUCGCGUCCUUAAGUAUGAAGACGAGCGUGCCUGAGGUGGAGCCUCCGCAGGACAGCCACAGCAGGAAGAUGGUUCUGAUCAAGACCAUUGAGACCCGGGAUGGGGAGGUGGUGACUGAGUCCCAGAAGGAGCAGCGCAGUGACCUGGACAAGUCUUCUACUCACAGCUACUGACCCCAUUGGUCUGGUGCUCCCUGACACCGCCCUAGGCCUGCUCCAAGCCCCAGACCCUAACACCAGUACUGAAUUAGUCCUCUCUUGCUCUGCAUGUGUCCAGGGGAUGACGCAAGUCACCCCUUCCCUGGCCUGUGGCCAAGCCCUACCCAGCCAGCAGUAGCUGGCCCUUCCCUCCCUUCCCUGACACAUAUUUAUAUAUAUGACCUGUAUGUUCCCCUUAUCUCGUCCUAGUAAGAGGCCAGCAAUCCCCAGAACAAGUCUACUGCCAUUAUUACCCCAUGACCACUGGAGUGGGCCAGGGUCUGAGUUUCACUUUUGAAUCAAAUAAAACUGCUGUCAAGAGAAACC